UGAAAACUUGAAUAGAUCGCAGUCAGAAGGAUAAGAUUCACAAACGACUGAUAAAGUUUGGAGUGAUUCAUUUACAGAGCCUUCUUAAGUUUUGUUUUUUAUCAUAGUUAUUUUGACAUCAGUCAUUGCAAAACAUUCGCUACAAACUAAAGAUGGAAGAAGUUGAUUUCGAGGUAUUGAAGCCAAGGAAAAAAAUCAAGCCAAACGGGUUUAUUCUUUUUACUCGUGAAUGGAUGAGAAUUCAUAAUUUCGGGAGCAGAUUGCGAAAUGCCACGUUGUAUACUGGACGAUUAUGGGAGAAAGCUGAUCCAGACACUAAACUCUAUUACAAUCGAAAAGCAAAGGAAAUGAAAAAUCCGGAUGGAGUAGAGAAAAGUAUCAUGUGCUGCAAUGGCGUGCUCUUGUCAAAGAUUCUGCAAGAAGAAAAGGAGAAUGAAAUUUUAAUGGAACGUAUGAAGCAUCAUAUUGAACUCGAAAUUAAGGAAGCGGAUGAUAAUGGCAAGUUACUAACAAAGUCCUUUAUUGUACUGAAUGUGAACAUCUUUACUCGCACUCUGCACGGGGGAUUCUACAUCCCAGCGGAAAUAGCGGCUGUAGAGUUCACGCUAGAUAAGGAAAUCAAAAGAACAUAUCAUUGUUUAUUGAAUCCACGUAUAAGUUUAUUUGGAGAGCAACAUAAUGCUCAGGUGCAUUCGGAAGAAACCCAUCAUCUACCGUAUCCACCAAACGCUAUUGGAGAAACUAACAUUGCACUUAUAUAUAACAAGUUAGUAGAGUUUGCAAAAGAGAAGGGUACUGAAAACGUAAGACCACUUUAUACUAGAGAAUGUGAAAUAGAAACAGUUAAAAGUGCAUUAUCCCUUAUUAAAAAUGACAAUGGAACAAGUGAUGUUGUGUUUAUGAUAUAUUCUUUUGAAUAUUUGAUGAAGACCUUAAAGUACAGUUCAUUAAUUGAUGAGCCAGCCAUCAAUGCGGUAAUCUCUCGAUUAUUUGAUCGAGCCGAUUAUGGGAAAAGCAGAUUAACAUGCAAGUUUCAUCAGGACAUAGGUGUUAUAGAAACGUGCUCAUCGUCAAUAGUGUACACUUGGUGUACUGUACUAUACAAAUAUAUUUUUGAUGACGAAGAAUAUAACUUCAACGCAACCGAACUGUCAACAUUUGUUAACAGCCCAACAUUUGAUCGUCGUGGUGUGUUGCGAGACGUAAGAUGUGCAUCUGCACAUAGACGUGGACGUGGACGUGGUUAUCAUAGUUCCGGUUGGUAUCCAAAUGGGAAUGUAAGAAUUAAGUCACAGAAAAGUUUGCAAGAACUAAAAAAAAUGUUUUCACAUUUGCCCAAAGUUGAAUCGAUACCACCACCACCAAAGACAAAUGACAUGGAUUGCAUUUGUAGUCGUGGUUGUGGAAGUGUUAAUUGUAUUCUACGUGGUCGGAAACAAGUAAACUAUAUUAAUGAUAGUGAGGCAAUCAAUGCUCAGUGUUAUAAUAUACGUAAUAACUUACUUGAGAAUGCAAAUAAGAAGCGCGUAAACUAUGGUCAAAGCUUACGUGGACGUCGGUCAGGACGCUGGUCACACCUAGGUAAUGACAAUGCUUGCAAAAAAUAUUUAUUUGAGAAUUAUCCAACUGUGGAACGCGAUAUCAGUGCUCAUAGUGAAAAUAAUUCUGAAAUGGAUAUAAAAUACUAUAAUCAAUGCUUACGUGGUCGUGGACCAACACGCUGCAUUGGAUACAGCAGUGACUUUCGCUGCUUUUUUAAUAGUCUAUUCAUGAAUCUGUUUGGGGAAUGCGAUUGUGAACAAAGUGAGCUAAAUGCUAACAAUACUGUUGAGUGCAGGCUAUACUCACGUGGGCACGCGAGCAGACGCGGGCGCGGGCGUGGGCGAGGAACCCAUCGCAAAUGUUACAACAACACUUCAAAAUAUACAUACUUUCCAUCAGAGAUCAGGAUAGCAAAUUCAACGCUUAUUAUGAAAUGGUAAGCAGUGGUGAAAAAAUCUCAUCAAUACUUUUUAAUAAUAAACUUACCCAGUCAACACAAAAUUGCUACGAUUUUAACGGUUAUUACAAAGGAUUUGGUAGUUUCAGACAGAUGAAAAUAUAUAGAUUUCAUUUCUUACUAAAUAAUUAAAUAAAUUUUGUUAGCAAUUA